AUGGAGCGAUCCCAGUUACAGAGGCAUGGGGGUGAACAAAGCUGGUGGGGUAGUGCCCCCCAGUACCAGUACAUGCCCUUUGAACACUGCACCAGCUAUGGACUGCCAUCUGAGAACGGGGGCCUUCAGCAUCGGCUCCGAAAGGACACAGGCCCCCGGCACAACGCCCACCCCACCCAGAUUUAUGGCCAUCAAAAAGAGCAAUUCUCAGACAAGGAACAGGAUAUGGGGAUGCCCAAGAAGAUGGGCUCCAGUUCUACGGUGGACAGCAAGGAUGAGGACCACUAUUCUAAAUGUCAAGAUUGUAUCCACCGCCUGGGACGUGUGGUGAGAAGGAAGUUGGGGGAAGACUGGAUCUUUCUGGUGCUCCUGGGCCUGCUGAUGGCUCUGGUCAGCUGGUGCAUGGACUAUGUCAGUGCCAAGAGCCUUCAGGCCUACAAGUGGACUUACGCCCAGAUGCAGCCCAACCUUCCUCUGCAGUACCUGGCCUGGGUCACCUUCCCGCUAAUUCUCAUCCUCUUCAGCGCCCUCUUCUGCCAGCUCGUCUCUCCCCAGGCUGUUGGCUCUGGAAUCCCUGAAAUGAAGACAAUCCUUCGUGGGGUUGUCCUGAAGGAGUACCUCACAAUCAAAGCUUUUGUGGCCAAGGUGGUGGCCCUGACUGCUGGGCUGGGCAGUGGCAUCCCUGUGGGAAAAGAGGGCCCUUUUGUUCACAUCGCCAGCAUCUGUGCUGCUGUCCUAAGCAAGUUUAUGUCCAUGUUCUGUGGGGUCUAUGAGCAGCCGUACUAUUACACUGAUAUCCUGACGGUGGGCUGUGCUGUGGGGGUUGGCUGCUGUUUUGGAACACCACUUGGAGGAGUGCUAUUCAGCAUCGAGGUCACCUCUACCUACUUUGCUGUUCGGAACUACUGGCGAGGAUUCUUUGCAGCCACAUUCAGCGCCUUUGUGUUCCGCGUGCUGGCAGUGUGGAACAAGGAUGCUGUCACCAUCACUGCUCUGUUCAGAACCAACUUCCGAAUGGACUUCCCCUUUGACCUGAAGGAGCUCCCAGCCUUUGCUGUCAUCGGGAUUUGCUGUGGGUUCCUGGGAGCCGUAUUUGUCUAUCUGCACCGCCAAGUCAUGCUUGGUGUCCGAAAGAACAAGGCCCUCAGCCAGUUUCUUGCUAAGCACCGCCUGCUGUAUCCUGGAAUUGUCACUUUUGUCAUCGCCUCGCUCACCUUUCCACCAGGAAUGGGUCAAUUCAUGGCUGGAGAGCUGAUGCCUCGCGAAGCCAUCAGUACCUUGUUUGACAACAAUACGUGGGUAAAACACAUAGGUGACCCUGAAAGUCUGGGCCGAUCAGCUGUGUGGAUUCACCCCCAAGUCAACGUGGUCAUCAUCAUUUUUCUCUUCUUCAUCAUGAAGUUUUGGAUGUCCAUCGUGGCCACCACUAUGCCCAUACCUUGUGGAGGCUUCAUGCCUGUGUUUGUGCUAGGAGCUGCAUUUGGAAGAUUGGUAGGAGAGAUAAUGGCCAUGCUGUUCCCUGAAGGUAUCUUAUUUGAUGACAUCAUCUACAAGAUCCUUCCUGGGGGCUAUGCAGUUAUUGGAGCAGCAGCGCUGACGGGUGCCGUGUCCCACACAGUUUCCACAGCUGUGAUUUGCUUUGAGUUAACUGGUCAAAUUGCUCACAUCCUACCCAUGAUGGUAGCUGUUAUCUUGGCCAACAUGGUGGCUCAGAGCCUGCAGCCCUCCCUCUAUGACAGCAUCAUCCAGGUCAAGAAGCUACCCUACUUGCCUGACCUUGGUUGGAACCAGCUCAGCAAAUUUACAAUCUUCGUUGAAGACAUCAUGGUACGUGAUGUGAAGUUUGUUUCCGCUUCUUGCACAUACGGGGAAUUACGAUACCUGCUCCAGACAACCACGGUCAAGACUUUACCACUGGUGGAUUCAAAAGAUUCAAUGAUCCUGCUGGGCUCCGUGGAGCGCUCAGAGCUGCAGUCGCUCCUGCAGCGCCACCUUUGUCCGGAGCGGAGGCUGCGAGCUGCCCAGGACAUGGCGCGGAAGCUGUCCGAGCUGCCCUACGACGGCAAGGCGCGGCUGGCAGGGGAGGGGCUCCCUGGCGGCGCGCCCCUGGGGCGGCCCGAGUCCUUCGCCUUUGUGGAUGAGGAUGAAGACGAGGACCUCUCAGGGAAAACCGAGCUUCCUCUGAGUCCACUGCCUCCUCCUCCUCCUCCUCCCCCCUUUCCUGCUGCUCCAUCCGCCCCUGAAGAGCCCAAUGGACCCCUGCCCAGCCACAAGCAGUCACUGGAAGGCCCCGAACCUGCAGGUCAAAGAUUCUCCAUCUUCCAUUGCCUGCUACGCUGCUUGCUGGGCAGAGCUCGCCCUGCAAAAAAGAAAACAACCCAGGAUUCAACAGAUUUGGUGGAUAACAUGUCACCUGAAGAGAUUGAAGCCUGGGAGCAGGAACAGCUGAGCCAGCCUGUCUGUUUCGAUUGCUGCUGUAUCGACCAGUCUCCCUUCCAGCUGGUGGAGCAAACGACCCUGCACAAGACUCACACCCUCUUCUCGCUUCUCGGCCUCCAUCUUGCUUACGUGACCAGCAUGGGAAAGCUCAGGGGUGUCCUGGCACUGGAAGAGCUACAGAAGGCUAUUGAGGGCCACACCAAAUCUGGGGUGCAGCUCCGCCCUCCCCUUGCCAGCUUCCGGAACACAACUUCAACUCGAAAGAGCCCUGGGGGACCCCCGCCUUCUGCAGAGGGCUGGAGCCUGCCCGAGGAUGGAGCUGGAGUCCUUGGAGCUGGGGAUGUGGCUCCUGCCUCCCCAGAGACUCCUGUGCCACCCCCAUCCCCAGAGACCCCUCGCCCCGUGGCCUUAGCCAAAGCAGAGGGUGAGCUGGAGGAGUUGGAGCUGGUGGAGAGCCCAGGACCAGAAGAGGAGCUGGCUGACAUCUUGCAGGGCCCCAGUCUGCGAUCCACGGAUGAGGAGGAUGAAGAUGAACUGAUCCUUUGA